AUGCCUAAGUACGAGUUCAGAAAUGGCUUCAGAAGUGUACUACCGUAUUACACAACUCACAAUACUCACGUAAAGAAGAGGUGGGUAGGAAAAACUUUACUUGAUGUUUACCAGCGUGAGCUUGGAGAGGCUAAAGAUGUGGUGAUCAAUGAUAUCAUUAAUGAAAAAUUGUAUAUAUCGGAUAACGUGGGCACAACAAAACCUACUCAAGUGAUAAAGGGUAUCGAGGUCCUAUCGGAGAGAAAAAUCCAGGAAAAAGAUGUAAUUACCUGUACUCAACACAGACAUGAACCCAAAAUCGUUUGGCCGGAAAAUCCAAUCAGUGUGGUGUUUGAAGAUGAUGAUAUAAUUGUGAUUGAUAAACCAUCUGGGAUUCCUGUACAUCCUACUGGAAGCUACAUGUUCAACUCCUUGUCAGAAAUUGUGAAAGAAAUGUUCAACUUUGACAAUAUUUGGACUUGCCACAGACUUGACAAAGUCACGAGCGGUGUAGUAAUCUUGUGCAAGAAUAGGGAUGCAGCAGUCAAGUUUCUGAAUAUUUUGCUAGAAAAGUCAGAUAAAGUAAAGAAAAUAUACCUUGCUAGAGUUAAUGGGAAGUUCCCUGAUGGUGUUUAUCGCUAUACAUGUCCCAUAUUGGCUGUGAAUAUGAACGGGUAUAUCCAGCCGAGCAACCUCGAAAGUCUUCUGACACUAACUUCAACAAUAUUCGAAAGAGUCAACUUUGAUUCGCUGUCAAACACCUCAAUAGUCAGAUGUCAGCCCAUAUCGGGAAAAUUUCAUCAAAUCAGAAUACACUUGCGCAACUUGGGAUUCCCCAUCUCAAAUGAUUUGUUUUAUAAAACACAAGAUGUUCCUUUGGACACCUAUCUGAUGAAAAACGAACUAGAAAGUGAUUUGUACAGAAUAAUUUUUGAAAAAUACCCACAUUUUGCAAAAUUGCAACCAUGGCGGGUUGAAUCAAAAUAUAACGUUGGCCAGAAAUACCAGCAAGACGAAUUUUACGAACAAAAACAAACCGACUAUAUCAACAUUAAUAAAACUUUUGGAACACAUUUUGAUGACAUUCACAAACGGUUAGCAAAUUUAAAACAACUUCAAACAGAACGUUUACAAAAUUUAAGGUCUUCAACAUGCAAUGAAUGCGGGCGAAAAUUGUUUGAAGAGGACUAUUCUGCUAAUUCAAACAUUUAUUUACAUGCGCUAAGUUUUGAAUAUGGGGGUAAUACAAAGUUUGAGACUGAUUUGCCACAAUGGGCUUUACCAAACUGGAGUUUGCAUCAGUAA